UGGACUGGGGCUGGAACCUGAACGUGACAGGGCUGCACUAGAGCGUGAGCGUGGCGAGGCUGAACGGCGACUGGAGCCUGAGCGGAGCAUGACUGAGCUGGGGACUGGGCAAAACACGACUGAGCUGGGGACUGGGCAAAACACGACUGAGCUGGGGACUGAACAGCUCGCGUCUGAACUGGAGACGGGGGACCGCAUGAAUGCAGGGAAUCCUCCCAGCGGAACAAACAUGGAGCUGGGCAGGUUGAUGCAGACACAACGGUCCGACGGGGCGGGGAGAAGGAAACCGAAACCUUCGGCGGUGCGACCGGCGCUGGCGUGGUGCGGAGCGCGACGCUUAGUUCAUCAGACCUUGCGCACAGCCGCUCAUAGAGGCGACGAACACUGGGACGCUCUAACACACUGUCAUCGUCCUCCAGCGUCAAUAUCGCCACCUCCACGGCGCUGCGCUGGUUCUUCGGGGUAACCGCCCGUCGGUAAUCCUCCGCGAGGAUCUUAAAAUAAACUCGUAGCUCGCUAGGUAGCUCGGCACAGGUGAACUCCAUGCUCCCUCGGGUGGAUUAUACUCGCCGUUAAAAAAAAGGAGCGAGAAAAACAGUCACUGACCUGACCGGAGGCUGAGUGCUGGCUGGGUCCAAGUCUGGCCAGAUCGUUCUGUCACGGAACGGCAGAUGAACGGACCCACAUGCACAGCGAGGACUCGGUAGACAGUGGAUAUGAUUAAAGAAGUAUUUAAUGACAGAAUCCAGGUCACAAAACGGUCCAGGUCAUUCACAGGAAGGCACAGAUUAAUAACACCACAGGGGUUAGGCGAAUUCGGGUCCGAGGACAGGCGGGAGUCAAAACCAGAAAGGGCUCAGAUCACAGGAACAGAAUCGGCGGGCGUAGACAGGUCCAGAAACGAGCAGAGUCCAGUAACAGAGUGACUUACGAGGGUGGUCAGGAUCAGACGAGAAGCAAAGAUCAAAAACGUAACAGGGUCGAUAACGGGGUAAGCUGAACAAGACGAAUGCUGGAGCGUGAGAACAAGGAAUCAGUAAACAACGAUCUGGCGGAGAACUGAUGUGACAGGUGGUGGUUAAAUACACGGAGUAGAUCACUGAUACAAAACAGGUGAGUGUAAUGAGGACCGGGAGUGAAGCGGGAACUGCUGUGGUGUGAUGAGAAACGGAAGUGCUUACAAAAUAAAACCGGAAACUGGGAUCAAAAACAGAAGAGUCCUUUCAAAAUAAAACCAAGAACGAAAACCUGACAAUCUGGUCCUCACUGUUAUUACUGCUUUGUUUUUUGGUUUUAUUUUGGCACUUCCAGUUUGGUCUCCUGUCUGCUCUAGUUCUUGUUUUUACUUACCUAGUCAUAUGUUUCACCAGCUGUGUUUAAGCAGUCAUUAGUCACGUGAUCAAUCAGCUGUCUUGCAUUAAUCGUUAUUGCUCUAUUUAGUCUCCAGUAUUCACCUCAUUCCUCUGCCAGAUUGUAUCAUGAAAACACCUUCAUCCAGCGUUUCGUCCUCGGUCCUCAUUCAUGUAAGAUACGUUAUCGUACUUACCUGUCUUUGCCUGCUCCUUGUCGGUACCUUUGCCUGUGUGUUGGAUCUCCUGUGACUGACCGUACCUGGACGACUCGGGUCCUGCAUCACGCCCGCUCCCUGACAGUUCCUGACAGUGGGAGCAGAGAGAAAACACGUCUGCACUCCUCAAGAGGUGGAAGUAAAAACUCUAAUUAACUCUAAUUAAUUAAUUAAUUAUUAUGUUAGAUCUCAACCAAAAAAGUGAACUUUUCUUGACCUUACUCCUGUAGUAGCACGUUAGUGGUCUGUGGACAUUAAGGUUGUAGAACAUUACUAACAUGAAGUUUUUAUUAUUUCUGUAAUAAGAUUCUUUAGCUUUAACCUGAUCACACACACAUUUAUAUGAAAACAUAUUUUAUAACAUGUAUAACACAGAUAAAUGCACAGAAAUGAAUUUUUAUUUUACGUUUUUUUAGUCACAUUAUGGUAUUGUUAGACAAGGUGACAUCCCGCCUACCCUGAUCGUAUGUCUCUGCCUCUCUCCGGGUUCUCCGGCUUCCCUCACGGUCUAAAGACAUGCAUUUAGGUUGAUUGACUACUCUACAUACAUGUGCGUGUGUGGGUGAACAGUUGUCGGUCUCUGUGUGGCCCUUCAGUGGACUGGCAACCUGUUCAGGUACUCUGCCUCUCGCCUUCAGCUAGCUGGUAUAUGCUCCAGCCCCCCUGCAACCCCAAAUUGGAAUAAGCGGUAGAAAAUGGAUGGAUGGCACAGAACUUUUAUACCUCAAGUACAUUGUACUAGUUUUUUUUAAUAAACAUUAUUUAUGGCUUAUAAUGUAGUCUAAUUCAACCUGCACUGGAUGCAAAUAAAAGACAAACACAAGCAAUGGAUUUGCAUUAUACCCAGGGGAAGUUUCUCUUUUUUUUCAUUCUGCUGCUGGAAUACAAUAUCUAUAAUACUGACUUAAUACUCCAGGAAAAGUACAACUCAGAUACAAAUGAACUCCAAAUGAACUAAUAAAAUGUUCUGAUUUAAAAGAAUAUUGAUGAAAGUUUAAAAUAGCUUUUACUUCUUUGUUUUACGUGAAGUGGUGCCACGCCCACUUCAAACCACUCCUAUCAUUGUAGGUUAUCACUCUAUAAAUGACACCUGUGCUCUGGCCUCGAAACCAAAACCUUUUCACAAAGCCUGAGUCCAGUCUGCUGCACCGAGUGAGACAAACAAUGGGACCCAGUAACAGGAUGUUGCUUGGUGCGUGUGUGAUGCUGUUGGUGGCCUUAUGGCUGAGCUUGUAUCUGGUUCGUCCUUCCCUCGAUGAGCAGUGGGAGCAGUGGAAGACCAAAUACAAAAAACUCUAUAAAAACCAGAAUGAAGAGGAGUUGCGGAGGAGAAUCUGGGAACAAAACAUGGAAAUGAUUGAAGUACACAACCAGGAGGCUAAACAGGGCAAUCACUCCUACACACUAGGCAUGAACCAGUUUGGUGACAGGGUAUCAGUGGAGAUGCCUGUGAUGAAGGCUUCCAACAGGAUGUUGAGACACAUCUUGGCGAAAAUAUCUAGGAAGAUGACUGUGCUUGAUCAGGAAUUAAAGAUUCAGAUUUGGGAGAAGAUGAAUAAGAAGUUGAUUAAGUACGACAAGAUCCUAAAUCAACAGAUCUUGAACAAAAUGACUGCAGGGAUAAAAAAUGACUGGAUGCCAGCACAUGUCUUAAAGGAAGUAGAAACAACAUUGGCUGAGUGCAAUGCCAUAUUAAGAGCUCUUGUCUUGAAUGACAUUUAUGAGCAGAUGGAUAAUAAAAGCAUCACAUCAAGAGACUUUAUCUUGCAGGAUAUUGCUAAGACAGUAGCUCAGUACCAGAGGAUUAAGGUAUAUAAGGCAAAUCCCCCAAAGCAGGCUUAGGCGUUUAUUAAUCUUAAUUAAUUCAAUGUGUCAAGUCCACAACCAAGUCCACGACCAGGAAAAAGACACAGAGUCCAGGGAUUCCCUCACGGAGGGUGGAGGCGUGGCGAGAUCCUGCUCAGCCGCCGCUGAGGCAGGGUGGCACCCUUAGUGCCCUUGAGCUGGGCCAACGUCCCCAGGGACCACCCCGAACGGCGAUGCCCUCCAGGCGGACGCCGAUCCAGGAGGCUGAGGAGUCGAGGCGGACGUCGCCGCAGGAGGCAGCGCCAUCCAAACAGCCGGAUGCGCCGAGGGCGAGACCACCAGUCCGGCAGCAGAGACAGAGACGAGGCAGGAACCAGAGACGAAGUCAGACGUGGAGACGCGGACCGCCAGGAGCCGAUGCAGGUGCGGCCGGAGCCGAGCCGCCAGGAACCGAUGCAGGUGCGGCCGGAGCCGAGCCGCCAGGAACAGAUGCAGGAGCGGCGGGAACUACGACAGGUGCGACCUCCUCUUGGAGGUCGGCUGAAACUACAACAGGAGUGACCCUCACCCGGAGGCCGGCGGGAACCGCG